CACCGCUAUAUAAAUAAUGUAAAUUACGUUUCUCCCAAACCCUUCUCGGUGCUAAACCCUAAUUCUCGCUCCCUCCCCCUUUCCCGACGCCGAACUCCGUGAAGGUGUAUUGGGGAGGUCGUGAAGAUGCUUGUCUUGUUCGAGACAUCGGCGGGCUUUGCCCUGUUUAAAGUUUUGGAUGAAGGAAAGCUCAACAAAGUUGAGGAUUUAUGGAAGGAUUUCUCCAAUGCAGAAUCUGCUAGACAGGUGGUGAAGCUCAAGGCUUUUUCUAAGUUUGAAAACAUGUCAGAAGCUUUGGAAGCUACCACAUUGUUGAUUGACAGCAAACCCAGCAAAGGUUUGCGAAAAUUUUUACGAGCCAACUGUGAUGGUGAAACCUUGGGUGUUGCUGAUUCUAAGCUUGGAAAUAUAAUCAAAGAGAAGCUGCAAAUAGAUUGUGUGCACAACAGUUCUAUUAUGGAGUUGAUAAGAGGUUUAAGAAAUCAAUUGAAUGAACUAAUAUUGGGUCUAGCUGUUCAAGAUUUGGCACCAAUGAGCUUGGGAUUGUCUCAUAGUUUGUCUCGGUAUAAACUGAAGUUCAGUGCUGAUAAGGUGGAUACAAUGAUCAUACAAGCUAUUGGAUUGCUCGAUGAUCUUGACAAGGAAUUGAACACUUAUGCAAUGCGGGUUAGGGAGUGGUAUGGCUGGCAUUUUCCAGAGCUUGCUAAAAUUAUUCAGGAUAACAUACAAUAUGCCAAGACGGUGAAAUUAAUGGGCAACCGUGAUAAUGCAGCUCAGCUUGAUUUCUCCGAGAUAUUGCCAGAGGAGGUUGAGACUGAGCUGAAGGAGGCCUGUAUGAUAUCAAUGGGAACUGAAGUUAGUGAUCUUGAUUUGAUAAAUAUUAGAGAGCUCUGUGAUCAGGUCCUUUCUCUUUCUGAAUACAGAGCCCAACUGUAUGAUUAUCUAAAAAGCAGGAUGAACACCAUUGCUCCUAACUUGACUGCCCUCGUCGGAGAGCUUGUCGGUGCCCGCCUAAUUGCCCAUGGUGGAAGUUUACUCAAUCUUGCUAAGCAGCCUGGAAGCACAGUGCAGAUUCUUGGAGCUGAGAAGGCUCUGUUCAGAGCUCUCAAAACAAAGCAUGCAACUCCCAAGUAUGGUCUCAUCUAUCAUGCAUCCCUAAUUGGUCAGGCCGCUCCAAAGCUCAAAGGAAAGAUCUCUCGGUCUCUAGCUGCUAAAACUGCGUUGGCAAUUAGGUGCGAUGCUCUGGGCGAUGGCCAAGAUAACUCGAUGGGUCUUGAAAACCGCGCUAAGCUGGAAGCAAGGUUAAGAAACCUCGAGGGUAGAGAGUUGGGACAUGUUGCUGGUUCGGCUAAAGGCAAACCGAAGAUCGAAGCCUACGACAAGGAUCGGAAGAAGAGUGUCGGGGGCUUAAUAACUGCUGCCAAGACAUACAACACCGCAGCGGAUUCUAUCAUCGGUAAACUCGAGAAGGCUGUUGAGGAGGAAGCAAAUGCCCCUGUAACUGUUGAAGGGAAGAAAGAAAAGAAGACGAAAAAGAAGAGGGCAGCAGACGAAGAGGAAACGGUUAAGGAGGACGAUUCGAAACCUGAAGUCGGAAAGGACGAGAAGAAGAAGAAAAAGAAGAAACAAACCGAAGAAGUACAAAAUGGUGACGAGGAGAAGGAAAAGAAGAAGAAAAAGAAGAAGAGAACGGAAGAACCCGACGAAGUAGAAGAAGAUGGCGGCGGUGCGGAGGAGGAGAAGAAGAAGAAAAAGAAGCGAAAGCACGCGACGGAAGACGAAGAAGAGGAAGCGGCCGAGCAGGCUAGCAAAAAGAAAGAAAAGAAGAAGAAGAAGAGAAGUGAAGAUCGAGUGUGUUAAGGAAGGAGGAGGCAGUUUUGUUAGCAUAGGGUGUAUAAUUAGAUUGAUGGUGGUGUUUGUUUAAUUAAGUUAUUAUAUCUGAAUCUCUCUCUAAUGUAUUCUCCAAUCUCUUACAGAUUCAUAUCUCGGGGAGGACAAAACAUUGUUCUAGUUGGAAGAGCUUCUUCAAUAAGGCGCUCUCCGGCAGGGAAUAUGGUAUUUGUGAUUCCAAUGUUCUUUGGCGGCUAUUAUUAUCCUGUUUAAUUUCUUGAA